UUCCAGCUUCACCUUUGGAGCUCGAUUCAGGGCACGGCGAGCGCGCAAGUCACGUUUCUCGGAUUUCCCCAGCUUAGACUGACAACGUCAAGAUCGCUGCUCUCUACAAAAAACAUAUCCCGCAAAAAUGUCCGAACAGACUUUCGUCCUCGAGACCGCUGGUUUCGACGCUCGCUUCCCCAACCAGAACCAGACCCGUCACUGCUUCCAGAACUACGUCGACUACUACAAGUGCGUCCACCACAAGGGCGAGGCCUUCGCUCCCUGCCGUCAAUUCUUCAAAGCUUUCCACUCUUUGUGCCCCAACGAGUGGAUCGACCGUUGGGAUACUCAGAGGGAGAAUGGAAUUUUCCCUGCCCGAUUGGAGUAAAAUAUCAUGUUGUAGACGGCAAUGGGGUUGGGUUAGGUAUGAUAAGAUAUAAUAAUUGAACGAUAUUCUCUAUCGUAUGUCCUGUUGCCUUGCGGGUUGCAACG